CUGCUGUAGAAAAAUCAACCCCCAAACAUGUCUGUGGGUAGUGAUUUUGGGAAUCCUUUAAGGAAAUUCAAACUCGUCUUUUUGGGGGAGCAAAGCGUCGGGAAGACGUCUCUGAUCACUCGCUUCAUGUACGACAGCUUUGAUAAUACGUAUCAGGCGACAAUUGGGAUCGACUUCCUGUCAAAAACCAUGUAUCUGGAGGAUCGAACAGUGCGAUUGCAGUUGUGGGAUACGGCCGGACAGGAACGCUUUAGGAGCCUGAUCCCCAGUUACAUACGAGACUCUACUGUAGCUGUGGUGGUGUACGAUAUCACGAAUGUGAAUUCAUUUCAGCAAACCUCCAAAUGGAUUGAUGACGUCAGAACGGAGAGGGGAAGUGAUGUCAUAAUUAUGCUGGUGGGAAACAAAACAGACUUGGCUGAUAAAAGGCAAAUCACGAUCGAGGAGGGCGAGCAGCGGGCUAAGGAGCUGAGCGUGAUGUUCAUUGAGACCAGUGCUAAGACGGGCUACAAUGUCAAACAGCUGUUUCGGCGUGUGGCAGCUGCCCUUCCUGGGAUGGAGAGCAUGCAGGAGACAAGCAAAGAAGGCAUGAUUGACAUCAAGCUGGACAAACCCCAGGAGCCUCCAACCACUGAGGGGGGAUGCUCCUGUUAA